CCACAAAACAAGAUGUCUCUUGGUUGCCUACUCUUACUGUGCUUAGUGACACAAUCAUUCUCACUGUGUGUCUUUAGAAAUGGAAGAUGUACCAAUCCUUCUCUUAUUCUGAUGUCUCAGGAUGAUAGCAGUAAUGGCUUUGAUCUAACAAUAAAGGAACUACCCUUAGUGUCUACUAAUAUCUCAAUAACACCUGAAUGUACUGCAACAAUGGGAAUUAAAAAAAUAUCGUGCAAAUUCAAUGAGAGUGACAAUUCAAUGAUGAUGGUCAGUACUGAUGAGACUCUUUCUAGUGCUUUGUACGAUAUUUCUAUUUCCCUUGAUGUCUAUGAUCAAAAAUGCUGUGAUGUGUCAGCAAACAUGACUCACAAUAUAACAUUGGAAGUUAUUGAUAACCCACACUUACAGACAGAGACUAAUGAUCCUCACACCUUACAUUGUAGUUGGAGUUCUAAAAUCCCAAACCUCAAUUUUUUGAUUGCAUUUUUAUUAAAUGGCAACACAAUAGGAUACUGUGGGCAAUUCACCACUAGUCCUAUGGAGCAUAUAAAUGAUAUUACUAUUUACUAUGACAAAGUUUGUACUAUAAGAAUUAACAAGCUGACAAGCAAAAACAAAGGUCGCUACUCGUGCUUACUAAUGAUACCGAAUCCUGAUGACAAUGGAUACUUAAAGUUUUAUUCAGAAUCAACAGAGCUUUCACCUAAUAAGGAGCAUAUAUACCAAAUAGUGCUUGGAAUCAUAGGGGCCAUUAUUUUUGUCGGCAUCAUAUGCCUAAUUACAUAUUGCUGCUAUCGCAAGUUCUUUAAGAAUGAACGUGAAAGAGAUAAUGAACAAGGCGCUGGUGAGCCACUACUACCUGAUAGAGAACCAGGCUGACAGUGAGAGACCAGCAAACAUUACUUUUAUUGUAUGCAAUAGCUGUAUGCUUUAUUAUCAAAUAAAAUAAUAUUAUCUUUUAAAUGGAAAAGGAUUUGAUACUAGACAAAGUAUGAUGUACAUGUACAUGUAAGUAUAGCAGGAAUAUAAAAAAAGACUACACAAUUUUCUUCAGACACAAUCAACUGUCGACCAAAAUCAGGACCAAAGAAAAAGUAGGCUUUUACUUCUCACAGACAUGUGGCAGCAACACAUAAUUAUUUUAUUAGCAUAGGAAAAUUCAAUAAUAGCAUAGGAAUAUUCAAAUAUUGCUGAUAAAAUUCAUAGUUCUUAAAUAGGGCGUGUCUCACCAGGACAUAGCAGCAGACACACCUAUUUUGACCUAAUAAGGAUAAGCCAAACAAGAUGACUUCUGCAGUCUCUCUUGGUUGCCUACUGUUCCUAUACUUGGUGACACAAUCAUUCUCACUGUGUAUCACUAGAGAUGAAGCAAACACAACAUGUACCAAUUCUUCUCUUGUACUGGUGUCUCAGAGUCAAGUGAAGGAGAGUAAUGAUGAUGGGUUCUUCACUCUAACAAUUAGAAACCUGCCCUUUGUUUCUACUGAUUGCUCAACAACAAAUGCAGAGAAAAAAAGUAUCUAUACUUAAGGAAGGUAUACCAUUGGAGUAUAACUUCACUGACACAUACAAUACAACAUUAAUGGUAAAAGUUCAGAGUGACAUUAAGAUUGGGGAGCACAUCAUUUCUCUAUCAUAUCGUCUUUCUGACCCACAAUGUUCUAAUGUAGUUGUAGCCUUUAAUAAUAAGAUAACACUGAAAGUUGUUGAUGACCCUAAAAUAGUGCUAAAGACUAACAACCCUCAUAUUUUCGACUGCGAAUUAAACCCUAACCUUUUUAAUGCUGAUGGAUUCAUUGAAUUUUCAUUGAACACAACGUAUUAGGAUACUGUGGGCAAUUCACUAGUCCUGUGGACCACAAGAAUGAUAUUUCCAUAUAUUACGAUUCUUCUGCUGGAGUUUGCUCCUUAAAGAUUAACAAGCUGACAAGUAAAAAUGAAGGGAGCUACUCAUGUUCACUAAUGAUCCCUUAUCCCGAUGACAACGGAUUCUUAAAGUUAAACUCAAAUUCAGCAUCUCUUUCAAGAAGCCAAAAUAAUGAGUACAUAUAUCAAAUAGUCAUUGGUGUCAUAGCAAUUCUAGUUUUGGGUGGUAUUAUUAUAUCAUGUCUGAUAGUGUACAUUAAGAAGAAAAUGAAAAUGAAAAAAGGCCAUGCAGGGGAUAAAAAACCAUUAAUACCUAAUGCUGAAAAUCGUGAAAUACAAGAGCCUCAACAGGAAAAUAGAGAAGAAGGUGGUGAACCAGAAUAAAUACUUGUAUUUAAUAAUUUUGGCUGAAUAAUGAAUAUACAUCUACAUUGUACAUACAUGUACAUUUACCUCUGUAUCUACUACACUUAUACAUAUUUUACAUCCCAAUAUAAUUAUCCAAGUUAAAUAUA